CGCGUCGCCACGUACGUACGUACGCCGGUAUAAAGCCUGGUUUUCUGACGUCAGCGACCUCUUCCCUGCCUAGGCCCUCGUGAGGUGGGCAGCGUAAAGGUCCUUGUCUCUUUUCUCCAUCAAGAGAAUCCAAAACCAUCCGUCAAAAUGGUGAACUUCACAGUGGACCAGAUCCGUACCAUCAUGGACAAAAAAGCCAACAUCCGUAACAUGUCUGUGAUUGCACACGUUGACCACGGAAAGUCAACGUUGACAGAUUCGUUGGUCUCCAAGGCCGGUAUUAUCGCCUCAGCUCGUGCUGGAGAGACACGUUUCACAGACACCCGUAAAGAUGAGCAGGAGCGUUGCAUUACCAUCAAGUCUACAGCCAUCUCCCUGUACUAUGAGCUGGCUGAAAAUGACUUGGCUUUCAUCAAGCAAAGCAGAGAUGGUGCCGGUUUCUUGAUCAACCUGAUUGACUCGCCUGGACACGUUGACUUCUCCUCUGAAGUGACAGCUGCUCUCCGUGUCACCGAUGGAGCCCUUGUUGUUGUUGACUGCGUGUCUGGUGUGUGUGUACAAACUGAGACCGUGCUCCGUCAGGCCAUCUGUGAGCGUAUCAAGCCAGUCCUGAUGAUGAACAAGAUGGACCGUGCCUUACUGGAAUUGCAGCUUGAACCUGAAGACCUGUACCAUACUUUCCAGCGUAUUGUUGAGUCUGUCAAUGUCAUCAUCGCAACCUACGGAGAAGAUGAAACUGCAGGACCAAUGGGUAACAUCAUGGUUGAUCCAGUUAUUGGUACUGUUGGCUUUGGUUCUGGACUCCAUGGCUGGGCUUUCACCUUGAAGCAGUUUGCAGAGAUGUAUGCAGCCAAGUUUGCUGCCAAAGGUAACACCCAGAUGACAGCAGAGGAGCGCUGCAAAAAGGUGGAAGACAUGAUGAAGAAGCUGUGGGGUAAUAGGUUCUACGACACCGAAAAUGGAAAGUUUGUCAAGAAUAACACUACUGCCGAUGGCAAGAAAUGCCCUCGUACCUUCUGUGCUCUUGUCCUGGACCCCAUUUUCAAGGUGUUCGAUGCCAUCAUGAACUUCAAGAAAGAUGAAGCCGCAAAGCUGAUCCAGAAGAUGGACAUCAAGUUGGAUGCUGAAGACAAGGACAAGGAGGGUAAGCCUCUCCUGAAGGCUGUGAUGCGCCGUUGGCUGCCUGCUGGAGAAGCCCUUCUGCAAAUGAUCACCAUUCACCUGCCCUCCCCUGUCACUGCUCAGAAGUACCGUUGUGAGCUGCUCUAUGAGGGGCCGGGAGAUGAUGAGGCUGCCAUGGGUAUCAAGAACUGCGACUCCAAGGCUCCACUCAUGAUGUACAUCUCAAAGAUGGUGCCCACCAGUGACAAGGGUCGCUUCUAUGCAUUCGGUCGUGUAUUUUCUGGUAGUGUGUCCACUGGCCUGAAAGUACGCAUCAUGGGACCAAACUUCGUCCCCGGAAAGAAGGACGAUCUCUACUUGAAACCUAUUCAGAGGACCAUUUUGAUGAUGGGCCGCUAUACUGAGCCCAUUGAGGAUGUGCCUUGUGGUAACAUCGUUGGUCUUGUCGGGGUGGACCAGUACCUCGUCAAGACAGGAACAAUCACCACCUUUGAACAGGCACACAACAUGAGAGUGAUGAAGUUCAGUGUUAGCCCUGUGGUGAGAGUUGCUGUCGAGGCAAAGAACCCGGCAGAUCUGCCCAAGCUGGUGGAGGGCUUGAAGCGCCUGUCCAAGUCUGACCCCAUGGUGCAGUGCAUCAUUGAAGAGUCUGGAGAGCACAUUGUUGCUGGAGCUGGAGAGUUGCAUCUGGAAAUCUGUCUGAAAGAUUUGGAAGAGGAUCAUGCUUGCAUUCCAAUCAAGAAAUCUGACCCAGUGGUGUCUUACAGAGAGACAGUCAGUGAGGAGUCCGACAUCAUGUGUCUCUCAAAGUCGCCCAACAAGCACAACCGUCUGUUCAUGAAGGCCCGUCCCUGCGAAGAGGGUCUGGCAGAAGACAUCGAUAAGGGCGAUGUCACAGCACGAGGGGAGAUCAAAGCCCGUGCCCGCUAUCUUGCUGACAAGUAUGAGUGGGAUGUCGGUGAGGCCAGAAAGAUCUGGUGCUUUGGACCUGACGGAACCGGACCAAACCUGCUGGUGGAUGUUACUAAGGGAGUGCAGUACCUUAACGAGAUCAAGGACAGCGUUGUGGCUGGUUUCCAGUGGGCAGCCAAGGAGGGAGUCCUCUGUGAAGAGAACAUGCGUGGCAUUCGCUUUGACAUCCACGAUGUGACCCUGCACACAGAUGCCAUCCACCGUGGUGGUGGUCAGAUCAUCCCAACAGCCCGCAGAGUCCUGUAUGCUUGUCAGAUUACAGCAGAUCCCAGACUCAUGGAACCAGUCUACCUGGUGGAGAUUCAGUGCCCUGAAACCGCAAUGGGUGGAAUCUAUGGCGUGUUGACCAGGAGGCGUGGACAUGUGUUUGAAGAAUCCAGAGUCAUGGGAACACCCAUGUAUGUCAUCAAGGCCUACCUGCCUGUCAUGGAGUCAUUUGGCUUCACAGCUGACCUUCGGUCCAACACUGGUGGCCAGGCCUUCCCACAGUGUGUGUUCGACCAUUGGCAGAUCCUCCCCGGAAACCCAAUGGAGGCUGGAAGCAAGCCCUCUGUAGUUGUCCUUGAGACGCGCAAACGCAAGGGUCUCAAAGAAGGCGUCCCAGCUUUGGACAACUACCUGGACAAAUUGUAAAGGCCCUGGCCCUUGUCUCAUUCCUCUUUGCCCUUCCAAUUUAAAUCUAUAAUGGGACCGGACUGUACAGAACGCAGUGACCACUGUUUGCCAAAAGGAUCGACCAUAAUAAAGAAAUGACCAGAAAAAUUGUAAACGAUAAAUAAAGUAAAUAAAAACACGA